AUGAAAGAGAAUGCUGAUACCGCAGCCAAAGCAAAACCACACAGCCUUCAAGUUGAGGACACUGUUUUCGUUCAUCAAAAACACAUCAAUAAACUAUCCUCACCGUACAACAAACAUCCAUACACAAUCGUCAAGACCAAAGGUAGUAUGAUAACGGCAAGAAACGCAACCAGCUACAUAACAAGAAAUGGCUCGACUCGCAGUUCAAGAAAAUCACCAUCACCACACAUCAGCAAGAUCAUGCAGCAGACCCUUUUCACGAUGAGGACAUCAACAUUCCUACACUGGACCAUCCUGCGGAAAUUAGGCGUUAUCCUACAAGAGAAAAUAGGAGACCCGGCCCCCAGAACGUCUAAACAUUGA